UCUGACGAGCAGCAAGCAGAGAGAGGAGCUCUCGCUGGCCCGUAGGAGUGUAGAUUUGAAGAGGAAGCAUAAAGACAAAAUGCACUAAACAUGUGGGAUUUACACACCAUUUAUCUAGGAUAGCACAUGAACACGGAGCAGCAGAGUCAUUUUAAAGAUAAAACUAAAACAGGAGGGUAGCGGGCUGCGAAAACCAAAACCCAACUCAAGAUACGUCUGCUGUGCUGUAUAGCCAGGAGAAUAUUCUUCGCUGACAAAUUAUUGGCUAUAAUUUAAUUACGCUAGUAUCUUGCUGAAGAGGACAGUAGUAAUUGCAAAACGAAAAUGUACUGUUAAAAUAAAUAUUUCUGUUGGAUAAUGCGAAGUACAGCGGUGUGAAUUUAAUGUACGAAAUUAUUUUUAAAAAAGGAUCGGAGGGAAGUUGCGUGCCAAGAUAAGGGGUAUCGCUGCCAUCGCCUAACCACAAGGAGGAAGGAGCUUCAUGUUAUAAUACAAAGUUUUAAUAUUUAUUUUUAUUGGACUUUUUGUUGUUGCUGUUGACAAUGGAAUACAUGACGAGAAAAUAAGUUACAAAAAAACAAACGGUACUAAGUGAGCGGCACAAAAUGUAAUUAACAUCGAGCUGUUUCCUGUUCAUACUUGCUAACAAAACACGUUUGUUGUAUAGUUAUCAAAGUGGUUGGGAUAAAUGAAGCUGAGAAAAUGACAUACCGGCGGUAGAUGUUUUCCAGAAAUACGCACACACUGGAUCACAACAUUCUGCUGCUAUAACUUUACAUAAUUUUCUUCUGGUUUUGAUAGCACUGAACGAAUAAGGUGUGUUUUAAAAAGGGGGCGUUAUUGUACACACCUUUAUCUCCAUUUUUGUUGGCAACACUUAACCUAAUCUACAGUAUAGUUGUACACACACGGUCAGUGGAAGGACUGGAGUUAGGUCUGCUCCUGUUGCUGCAUGAAACUGAAAAAAAGUUAUUCCUGGAAUUUACAGAUACGUUGAAGUCGGAUUGUUUUCAAAUUCGGACUUAAAUGCCAAAUAUAAGUUGAGUUUUUUUUUGUUUUUUUUUCCACAGUUGGGGAUGUGGUUUUACGUUGCUGAGUGUCCUGGUGUAAGUGAGUGUACUGGGAAAAGAAAACCAAGAACUUUGGACUCGGCAUAAAGGGCUUUUCUGAUGUUAAUGUGACAAGAGCUUAUUUGUUUAUUGUCAGAAAACAGUAUUUUAGAAGAUUUGACUUUUUAAACUAGGCUGCUGUUUUUAAAGUUUUAUUGUCCUGUUGCUGUGGAGAAACAGAGGGGAAAGGAUGAAGCUAAGCCGACAGUUCACGGUGUUCGGUAGUGCCAUAUUCUGUGUGGUGGUAUUCUCUUUGUACUUAAUGCUGGAUCAUCUACAGUUAGAUAAUACCAAGAACCCUAAGGGAGCAGGGGGCUUACUUCAAAAGGGACAACUAUCCAUACUGCAAGAAAAGAUUGACCAUUUAGAGAGGUUGCUAUCGGAAAACAAUGAAAUUAUCUCAAACAUCAGGGACUCUGUUAUCAAUCUCAGCGAAUCUGUGAAAGAUGGAAAGGGGAAUCCUGAGGCAAUGAACCUGAGCAGAGGAGCGUUCUCAGAUCUCCUUGCGUCUCCUCCACUGGUCAUCCCUGUUGAUGCUGAGGACUGUCAGUUUGCUGCCAAAUCAUAUUCCAAAGCUGCUGAUGAUGUGCAGAUGCUGGAUGUUUAUAACAUACUUCCCUUUGACAACCCUGAUGGAGGUGUUUGGAAACAAGGCUUCGACAUUUCUUAUGAUGAACAUGAAUGGGAUAACGAACCUCUGCAGGUCUUUGUUGUGCCUCAUUCACACAAUGACCCUGGCUGGAUAAAAACAUUUGAUGACUACUACAAAGACCAGACUCAACACAUAUUGAAUAACAUGGUGGUGAAACUGCAUGAAGAAGAACAAAUGAAAAUGAUCUGGUCAGAGAUCUCCUACUUCUCCAAAUGGUGGGACAACAUUGACAGCCAAAAGAAGGCUGCUGUGAAAAGGUUAAUUGAACGUGGCCAGUUGGAAAUUGCGACGGGUGGCUGGGUCAUGACUGAUGAAGCAUCUACACAUUAUUUUGCCAUGAUUGACCAGCUGUUGGAAGGACACCAGUGGCUGGAGAAAAAUCUGGGAGUGAAACCAAAGACUGGCUGGGCAGUUGAUCCUUUUGGGCAUUCAUCCACCAUGGCCUACAUCCUGAAACGCUCCGGCUUUUCCAGCAUGCUUAUCCAGAGAGUGCACUACUCCGUAAAGAAAUACUUUGCCAGCCACAAGACACUGGAGUUUUUCUGGCGACAAAACUGGGAUCAGAGUUCCAGCACCGACAUCCUGUGCCACAUGAUGCCCUUCUACAGCUAUGACGUUCCUCACACUUGCGGUCCGGACCCGAAGAUAUGCUGUCAGUUUGACUUCAAGAGGCUUCCCGGAGGCAGGAUCAACUGUCCUUGGAGGGUGCCGCCUGAGGCAAUCCACGAUGGAAACAUCCAGCAAAGGGCGCACAUGAUUUUGGAUCAGUACAGAAAGAAGUCCAAACUUUUCAAAACAAAAGUAGUUCUGGUUCCCCUGGGGGAUGAUUUCCGAUACAACGAGGCUUCUGAGUGGGAUCAGCAGUUCCAGAAUUACCAGAAAUUGUUUGAUUACAUGAAUUCUCAUCCAGAAUUGCAUGUCAAGGCUCAGUUUGGGACCAUAUCUGAUUACUUUGAUGCACUUAGGAAAGCUGCUGGCCCUUUAUUGUUUCCAAAUGUAAGUGGGGACUUCUUCACCUAUGCUGACAGAGAUGACCAUUACUGGAGUGGAUACUUCACUUCACGCCCUUUCUACAAGAGACUGGACAGAGUCUUAGAAUCACAUCUGAGGGCAGCGGAGAUACUGUACUCACUUGCCUUGGCAAAUAUUCAGAAGUGGAACAAAAUGAGUGCAUUCCCUUCAUCUGAUAAUUAUAAACUGCUAACAGAAGCUAGAAGAAACCUUGCCCUUUUCCAACACCACGAUGCUAUUACAGGAACUGGUAAAGACUGGGUUGUUGUGGACUAUGGCACUAGGCUCUUUCAUUCGAUAAUGAAUUUGAAGCGGGUGAUAAUUGACUCUGCUCAUUUUCUGAUUCUGAAGGACAAGGAUGACUACAAACACAACCCUUCAAGCCUCUUCCUUCAGAUGGAUGAUGUGCAGCCCUCUCAAGAUGCUCUACCCCACAAGACUAUCCUGAAACUCGGUACAGAGCCCAGGUCACUCGUGAUUUAUAACCCCACAGAACAAGACCGAUCUGCUGUUGUUACUGUGUAUGUGAAUACCCCAAGAGUAAAAGUCCUGACAGCUUUGGGACAGCCUGUGAAGGUACAGGUCAGUGCUGUCUGGGAGGAAACGGUCAAAGUAUCCAAAGAAGCCUUUCAGGUCUCCUUUGUGGCCCAGCUGUCUGCACUGGGCCUAGCAGUAUACCAGCUCACUGAGGGAACAGACAUGAACACGCGCCUAGCAGACUACAAUCUAUACAAAAAAGGUGGAAGCCUGGUAAUCAGUACAAGUGAACCGUUCAAACUGGAUGUUCCACAAAACAACCCUAUUAACUUCAAAAUUGAAAACCCAUACCUUCAUCUUUGGUGUUCAGGAUCAACCGGUUUGUUGGAGAAAGUGAAGCUUAAGGAUGAUAGUAAAGAACAACAUGUGAAGGUGGAGUUUAUGUGGUAUGGAACAACCAGCAACAGAGAUAAGAGCGGCGCAUAUCUUUUCCUUCCUGAUGGGCAAGCUAAGCCAUACGUUACUUCUGAGGCCCCUAUAAUAAGAGUGACCACUGGACCAGUUUUCUCUGAAGUCACAAGCACUUACCGCCAUUUCACACAUUCACUGCGUCUCUAUAAUGUGCAAGGAGUGGAUGGACAGUCUGUGGAGAUCUCCAACACGGUGGACAUCAGGGGGGAGCUCAACUGUGAAAUUGCAAUGAGGAUAACAUCAGACAUCAACAGCAAAGACCGAUUCUACACAGACCUUAACGGCUUCCAGAUUCAGCCCAGGAGAACUUUAAGCAGAUUGCCUCUUCAAGCUAACUUCUAUCCCAUGACCACGAUGACGUAUAUUCAGGAUGAAAAUGUUCGGAUGACACUUCAUUCUGCCCAGUCGCUGGGGACUGCAAGUUUGAACCCAGGCCAGCUGGAAGUCAUCAUGGACCGCAGGCUGAUGCAGGACGACAACCGCGGCCUUGGACAAGGGGUCCAAGAUAACAAGAUCACAGCCAAUUUGUUUCGCAUACUGCUGGAAAGGAGAGUCCGUGUGGAUGAGAAGGAAAACAGCCAGCCAGUGAGUUAUCCCUCUCUGCUCAGUCAUAUCUCAUCACUGUACUUGAAUCACCCAGUGGUUCCUAUGGCUGUCAACAUGGACUUUGGGGCUGCUUCGCUGGUUUCAGAAUUCAGACCACUUGCUUCAUCCAUGCCUUGUGAUUUGCAUGUAGUUAACCUACGGGCCAUACAGUCAAAGGAGGGAGUGGGUCCAUCAGAUGAAGCUGCCCUUAUUCUACACAGAAAAGGAUUUGACUGCAGCUUCUCCACAAAAAACACUGGGUUACUGUGUUCUACAACACGCGGCAAGAUUCCAGUUAACAAGCUUUUUAAUGAGAUGAAGGUGCAGCGCAUAACCCCGGUUUCUUUAACUUUAAUGCAAACUCCUCAAGGAAGCCAGAACAACAGUGAGAUCCAGCUUCAUCCCAUGGAGAUCAGUACAUUCCGGAUACAACUGAGAUGAGCCCGUCCCAAGAGCAAAUACAGAGCAGACUCUGAAAUACUGUGAAGAUUCUGUACAUUUUUUUAAUACUUGCUUCUACCGGCUUACCAAUGGAUUUUAAAGCCAUGAAUACAAUUCCUUUAAACAUGUGCAUAACUAUGGAUGAUGGGUUUUUAAAAAAAAUAAGUUUCAUCUGAACAACGAGUCACACAUUGAGUCUCGGGUUGAGUGUUAUCCUAUGGGAUUCUGGUUAACCUACUUACAAAAUACAAAAUAGUUCUUGCUGUGAUGGAUAACUUAUUUUACGUUUCAGGAGACUUGCUUGGGAUAGUGAUCACCUUUUGUUUUAUGUUUCAAUGACAAUAUAAUUCAUUUAGUUUAGUCAUGUAGAAUGUUGUACAAAAUCAAGAGGAUAAUCUUAAAUCUAGGAGGUGGGAAUCAGCUGACUAGUGCUAGAAUAGAUAUUAUUAUUGGGCUGUACCCAGUCGUGUGUGUCACAGCUUAAUCCUGAAGGACAUGUGCAACAGCACUAGUUAUUGAAUCAGUACUCUAUUGAAACUGGUUCAUUGUUUUGGUUGCCAGAAUUUUGGUGAUGGAUUUUCUUUUCCAAAUUCCAAAGUUGCCAGUUAAUGUUAAAAUGUGCCUUAUUUUUUAUUAUAGAAUACAUCUUUUACAUAUUGUUCUUACAAUCUUGUCUUUGUAUCUAGUGUCCCUAUGUAUUGCUUGUAGUGAAGUGUCCGUAUCUGUCUUAACAGUGUAGAUACAAUGGAAAUGAAGACAAGUGACUGGCAAAAGAAGCCUGUCCUGUUUGUUCUGUUUCAUUCUUGUGACCUUUGAAUGUACAGCGCUGAUGUAAUUGGAUGUUAUCAAACAGCAGUUGAAUUGAGAUUUACUUUUUACAUGUGGUUUGCCAAGAAAAAAAUCGGUGUAAAAUACUGCAGUACUGCGUUUUUGUAAAGGGCGAACAUGACAGAAUUUGUUUUUAUUUGAUUAGAGGGAUAUUUGAAUGUGACUGGAUGUGUUUUUAGAAUUAUUUUUUCAAACAUAAAUGUGAUUUUAUAAUGCAGUGGGAUAAAGAUGUGUUUUACACAUGAUUGUAUUCCCUACAUACAAUCAUUGUUUACAGGUUACAGUUAAUCCCUUAAAUUAAGAGACACCGUAAUGACCAGGACCAAACUAUUGGUUCAAUUACAAAUCAUUCCUUGUUUCCAGAUUUUAUAGUGAAUUAAAAAAUUCCAUUCAAUAACCCCCCCCCUCAGAAAAUGUGACCAAUAAAAAAGAAUCAAAAUAUACAUAAAUAAGAAAACCAUAUAGUAAGUGGUUUCACUGAACUUUUGAAGAUUAUUGGUAACAAUGGUAUUUGAACAUUAUUCAAUAUCAAUACCUAUUCUAUAAAUCUGUACAGUGACAUAUAUCUUUAAUAGUUCAUUCUGCAAAGCAGUCUUUAUGCCUUACAUUGCUUCAUCAAGGAACUCCUUGUUUAUUUGUUGAAAUAUACACGUUAUAAAACAAGGUGCAGUGUAACUAGACUUGCAUGACUUGGAGCCAUGAUGUGUUAAGAAAUAAUCCACACACCACUACUACAAAGCCUACUGCACUGAACUCCAGACCACUAUCAUUAUCUUCUUCUUUACUUGUGGCCGAUUUAUUACUCGCGUCAGUGCUCACCGUCGUUCACAUAAUACAGUCAGCACUCACAUAUCCAACCCUAUAAAAUGAUGACUUCAGGACGAUUAACGAGUGUGACACAGAUCUGAUUAUUUCAUUAAGGCUCGUUCCAACCCUUGUCCGUUUUUCAGGGAACACAAAAAAGAUACAAUAUCAAA